GCCACAAAUCGCUCCUUCUCGCACUCGCCCCCGUCAUUCAUCUUCAUCGUCGUUUAUUUGCUAUCUCUCUCUUCCCGUAUCCUUCUUUGAGCUAUUGCUUCGAUCCUGAUAAUACAACCCCAAAAUCCUCUUGUCCUCCAGUCCAGUACGGCAGUACUAUUCGUAUCAUUGUAUAACCAAAUUCCAACAAUUAAUCUCUUCCAGGAGAGCACGAAGUUUCUACCUUCUCAUCGAUCUGUAACUGUUGACAGUCCGUCUUACCGAGUUUGUGUUGCAUGUCUUUAGAGAAUACCAUUUUUGGCUGGUAAAUUAGGGGGCCUCUCGUCUUAAUUGAGGAUUUUGGAUUCUGGGGUUGUGUUUCUAUCUUGCUCGGUAGGUGUUGUGAUAAUCAAGCGAGCUUUAGUCGAUCAGUUUAGGAAAUAAUGGAAUCAAGUCGAAGAGCGGUAGAGUCUUAUUGGAGGUCGCGGUUGAUCGAUUCUGCAACAUCGGAUGAAGAUAAAGUCACUCCGGUGUAUAAAUUAGAAGAAGUUUGUGAACUUUUGCGUUCUUCGCAUGUUAGUAUUGUGAAGGAAGUUUCGGAGUUCAUCUUAAAACGACUGGAGCACAAGAGUCCAAUUGUAAAGCAGAAGGCUUUAAGAUUGAUAAAAUAUGCAGUUGGGAAGUCUGGUGUGGAGUUCAGGAGGGAAAUGCAGAGACAUUCAGUCGCUGUUCGUCAGCUGUUUCACUACAAGGGACACCCGGAUCCAUUGAAAGGUGAUGCACUAAACAAGGCAGUGCGGGACACUGCUCAUGAGGCCAUCUCUGCCAUCUUUUCUGCAGAAGACGGUAAGCCAACACCUGCUGAAGAUCUUAACAGGCGGAUACAAGGGUUUGGGAAUACAAACUUUGAAUCGUCAUUGGAAGAUAAGAAAUCCUUUAUUAGUGAGGUAGUUGGUCUUGGAAGUGCAUCAAUCAAGCAAGGACUUAGUAACUUAGCACAGGGACAUUCAAUUAUGAAGAAUGAAACAGGAACCUACAAGAGUCCAAAUCUUCGAAGGUCGUUAACUAUAGAAACGGAAGAUAGUGGCAGAUAUGAGCCAGUUACAUAUCGUAAUGAAGCUCACAGUAGCCUUGGACAUUCAAAGAAUCAAUCUAGUGGUUCUUGGAACCCUGACUCAAGAGUGGUUAAGGUGGGAACAUUUAAUGAUGCUUCCAAUGCAAGCCAUUCAGAGAGCAAGACACGGGAGGAUAGGUUGCUGGAGACAAUUGUAACCUCAGGAGGUGUACGCCUGCAGCCCACUCGAGAUGCCCUUCAAGUUUUUCUAACAGAGGCUGCAAAGUUGGAUGCCUUGUCUUUAAGUCAUUCCCUUGAACUAAAGCUUCAAUCUCCAAUGUGGCAGGUUCGCAUGAAAGCUGUCUGCGUCCUUGAAGCCAUCCUUAGGAAAAGGGAUGAUGAUACCUUUUCACGUAUAGCAUCAUACUUCACCGAAAAUAAAGAUGUGGUAGUGAGAUGCUCAGAAUCUCCCCAAGCUUCGUUGAGGGAAAAGGCUAACAAGGUUAUUGGUCUUCUUGGUGGAGAUCAGCCAAACAGCUCUCCAUUUAUUUCAGAGAAGCCUGUAAAGGCAGAGGCUGCUACUGUUGCUGAGUUGCCCAACUUGAUAGACACUGAUGAUUCCAAUGAGAAUCUUGGAGGGGAUGAUAUUACAAAGAGUACAACUGAUCAGAAUGUAUCAAAUUUGGCACCAUCCACACCUUUGGUUGAUGAUUUAUUUGGAGAUUUCAAUGGUUCUGCCGAAUCUAGUAUUGAACAGAGAAAUGACGAUGACCCCUUUGCUGAUGUAUCAUUUCAUACAAAUGAAAAUAAAGGACAGGCGGAUGAUCUCUUUUCAGGGAUAACAGUUAGUGAUAAACAGAGUGAUAGUUUGACUCAUGGGCUGGGAAGUAUUAGUGAGCCAGAAACUUUUGACAUUUUUGCUUCCAAUUCCACUCAAGCAAACUAUGAGCAUGUUAAUGAUUUAAUGUCUGGGUUGUCUGUUCAUGAAAAUGCAUCAAGUUUAACGCAGAAAACAACAUCUUCCACCUCACAAUCCGAAUCUUUAUUGUCAGGCUUGAAUAUUCAGUUUAGUCAAGAAGCCCCUGAUCAUGGCUUGGCCAACAUGUUGAACUCUCAAGCAGUUGGAUCCAAUGCAAAUCCCAUGUUUCCUACUGGCCAUCUGCCAUAUAAUGCGCAGCCUGGUAUUAUGUUGAAUCACAUGUAUCCGUCUCAACCACUUAAUUAUAAUGCCAUGGGAAGUCUUUUGGCUCAGCAGCAGUUCCUGGCAACCAUGGCUAAUUUCCAGCACCUUAGUAAUGUAAGCAUGCAAGAUGCUGCUGUUGCUCAGAUGGCUGGAACCAGUGGAAGAAUGCCAAUGCCAGACAUAUUCCAACCAAAUUUUCCUACUCAAACUCCUACCUCAAUGAUUAGCAGUUCCAAGAAAGAAGACACUAAAGCAUUUGAUUUCAUCUCAGACCACAUUUCUGCGGCUCGUGAUACUAGGAAGGUGAUUUGAAUCUGAAAGGCUGUGCUUUUGCGACGAUGGACUUCUAUGGUUUUGUACUGCUGGAUUUGGUACCAAUAUUCCCUAGAAAUGUUGUGCAGUUAGUUGAGUUAUUGCAAGCUACAAUUCAGGCAUGAAUAGAAAUACCCCCGCCUUUCUCCAUCCAUAUUUAUAGUACUUGAGGGUGCUUCAUUCACUGUUUUGCUUGCUUCGAGAACAAUAAGAACGAUGAGCAUGGUUCAUUUCGUUUAGUACCUUGCUCUGUCUCGCGAUGCUUAUGAUGCGAUUUGACUGUAGUUCUGGGCAUGAAUCGAUGGUUGAAUUGGCUUUACCUGGUUGUCUGCCA